CUCCCGUACGUGAGCGAGCCGUCGUUUAGCAACUGUUUAUACAGCCAGGGUAAUGGGGACCUCGGUGCCUGACGAUGACCUGGACCAGCUCUUGGACGAAGUGGAGACCAAGUACUGCGGACCAGGAGCUCCGAGAGCUUCAUACCGGGCGGGUGAACGGGUUAAGCCGGAGCCGAGCAGUGCUGGAAAUGUAUUAGUGAAGGCAUCUAAUGAUGAUGAAAAUAUUGAUGAUUUGAUUGAAGAUAUACUUAACGUAAACUGUGAUGGAGAAAUGAAGGAGAAACAGAACAAAUCAGCGAACCAACACUCCAGUCACGUGAGAUGUAAAAAAUGCUGCCCUGCGUACGUUGGAGGAAGUGAUGUUCUACUUGGCCUUGGCACAAAUAUAUAUAAAAGAGCUUGUGAUCAACUACGCUGCACUGUGUGUGAUUUUAAAAUAGUACUAUUUGAUGACUACAAAUGGGAAGCAUCUUGUGACUACCUCUUUUUCAGGAAUAAUAUGCCUGAGCUCAGCAAACUGCAGUCUAAGAUGAUAAAGAAGAAGGGAACAAGAGCAUAUGCUUGUCAAUGCAGCUGGCGGUCAGUCCAAAACCUCAUGGACCUCAGAGAAGACCAGCAGCUCCACUGGGUCUGUGGCAAACACUUGGAGUGACACAAAGCAUCUUUCAAAGACUAGUGGAUUGUAUGAACUACAGUAGUCUCCUGGAAGGUAGAGGUUCCAAUAACUACCUUCUGUUAUUUUACAUGGGAAAUGUGCUCUGGUAAUGGCUAAAAUAUAUUAUCAUGUUAUAUACAUACAUGCAACACGUAUAUAUUCAUAUAAAAAAUAAUCAACUCCG